CUUGCAAACAUGGCGUUGGAUUUCGCAGCGACGUAUAAAGUCUUGGUUUUAGGCGACUCGAACGUUGGCAAGACCUGCAUCGUGCAUCGCUACUGCGACGAACGGUACUACGACACUUAUAUCUCGACGAUAGGUAUUGAUUUUAAACAGAAGAUCAUUAACUUAGAUGGAACGCCGAUUAAAUUACAAAUCUGGGAUACUGCCGGCCAAGAAAGAUUUCGAACUUUAACAACGGCGUACUAUCGUGGUGCCAUGGGUAUUCUUUUGAUGUACGAUGUCACUAGUUUGGAGAGUUUCAACCAUUUGUCGUAUUGGCUACGAAAUAUUCAAGAAAAUGCGUCACCGGAUGUAGUAAAAGUUUUGGCUGCGAAUAAAUGCGACGCGACCGCGCAUCGCGCCGUAGACGCCGAAAGAGGUCAAAAGAUUGCCGAAAAUUUUGAUAUGCCCUUCUUCGAGGUAUCAUGCAAGGAGAAUAUCAACAUCGAAGAGGCUUUUCUUACUCUAGCUAGAAGAAUACGGGAACAACGAGGACGUCGGGCAAGCCUGUUCGAGGCUUCCGAGAGAGAAGGCGCGGACAGUAUAAUUAAGGCGCAGUCACCGUCUCAACAAGGUGAUGCUUGGAGAUGCAGCUGUUAACUGUUCUCAAUCAUGGAGGCGAUCGUAGAAUACAAUUAUGUGGCACAAGAGGAUGAUGAGUUGACACUAAAAAAGGGUGAUAUCAUCACUGGAAUCAAGAUGAUGCUUGGAGGAUGGUGGGAGGGCACCCUAAGGGACAAGCGUGGCAUGUUUCCUGAUAACUUUGUUAAGGUACUGGAUCCCUCGGCCACUAGUGGAAGUAACGGCAGCGAGACUAUAAGCAGCACAAAAUCUGAUGAGAGUAUAAUCUUGAGAAAUGGAUCUGGUAGACGUUUCUGCAAAGUUCUCUUCAGUUAUGAUCCUUGUAACGAGGAUGAGCUAACUUUAGUGCCACAUGACUCCAUAGAAUUUUUGGGAGAAGUAGAAGAAGGAUGGUGGAGAGGACGCCUCAGAGGUAGAAUCGGCGUGUUUCCCUCAAACUUUGUUUCUCCCCCUGCUCCUGAAGAACAAGAGAGGCAUAAAGAACGAGAUAAAAAGGAAAUGUGCAGAGUACUCUUUCCUUAUGAGGCUGCUAAUGAGGACGAACUCACUCUGGUUGAGGGAGAUACAAUUAUCAUUUUAUCUAAGGACGCGCCAGACAAGGGUUGGUGGAAAGGAGAACUGAAUGGACAAAUAGGUUUGUUUCCUGACAAUUUUGUUGAAGUGAUUGGUACAAAGAAUGAAUCCCAGGAACAAGAAUCUCAGUGGCACGAAACAUCGCUGAGUGCAAAAUCAAGUAUUAGACAUUCCCAUCAAGUGAAAAAGGUCGAAAAGGCGCACAUCAGAAAAAGUUUGGACACUAGGAAUAUACAUUCAACUAAUAUAUCAGAUCAUUUCCCCACUAUAGACACCGCUAAAAAGGGCCUAUCUACAUUGUCAUCUACCUUAACGUCAUCAUCAUCAUCAUCAUCAUUGACAGCUACCGGAAGCGGAAGCGGUGAUAAGAAGGCUGGUAGCCAUUCGAUUAUAUCGAGUCUGAAACGACUUGUGAGCGACGUAGGGAAUAAUAACGGUAUCAGCAAUACAACGAGUACUGCUUCAGAGUGUCGCGAGGAAUUGGACGGCGUGGAACGAGGAGAGGGUACUCCGCUUGCGCAUUUAACAGCUUCUCGCGCUAAAGCGCCUCGGCGACGUCCACCUUCGUCACAGCAUCUACGCCAUCACGCUGCUGGAGCCAGUAUAAGCGCAUCUUCGACGCUGCCAACCGUUUCCAGUACCAUUAUGGAAGAUAAUAUGUCUAAUGGACGCACCGAUUCCACAUUGGAACAAAUACCUGACGAAGAAACGGAUGGGCUUGCUGCUAAAGUGAGAAGAAAAGCACCAUGGGUCGAAGAAUUAAAGAUGAAUCAAAUGGAAAGGAGAAAAAUUGCCACAAUCGAGAGAAUUGAUAAGGUGGAAGUUAAAAAGGAACGAAAUUUCCCGCGAUUAAUGACACAAGGAAACGCUGUGGAUUUCGUUAACAAAUCGGAUACCGAUAACGAAGAUAACAAACAGAAAGAUAAAAGUCCGAGAGCCGAAACAAGUUCUCACGCCGAUUAUAGUCCUAGUGCAUCUGGUCAGCCGGCCUACGUUCCAUAUGCCCUCUACUACAAAUUAUUGGAAAGGGUCACCGUGUUAGAAGAGAAACAAGCGGUACUGCAGGCGACAAUAGGACAGCUCUCCGAACAGCUUGUACCUCUUCUCGCGAACGCAUCGAUUAAUAGUAAAUAAUACGAUGUUAAGAGAAGAAAAUCAAUAGUAUAUUCAUCUGCCCGUACUGUAUUGGUUUCUCAUUACGUCAGUAAUGAAGAAAGAAACUAAUACUGCUGCUAGAAUAACGUUUAUUGCUAUUACUGUUGUUAUAUACGUACACAUACAUAUUUAUUCAUUUGGUAGUAUUCGUUUAUUGUUUGCUCCGUCGAUGCAGUAUUCAUGUUCCGGUUAAAAACGUAACAUUCCAUACAACAUUCUAUGCUUGUAAAAGCAUUUCUCUUUCAUUUGAUUUUUCCGAUAAUUAAUUUAACAGAUCUCAUUCUAACUGCCGGAGUUUUAUUAUUCUUUUGAUAAUAGUAACCGAUUUAUAUGCCUGGAUAUUCAAACGGCUUAAACUCCACAAUUUUUAUUUCAAAUUUACGACACAUAUCAGAAUUACGAGACACAAAUCUUCAAUGUAUAUUUGCACAUAUUACCUAGAUUGUUACGACAAAAUUUUCCCAUUGUCAGUAGCAUGAAAAACCUUGCGACGCAACGUAAAGUUCCAAAAAAAGAAAGAAAGAAAAGAAAAAAUAGCGCAAGUGUCCUUCCAGAUGGGUGCCUGUGCUUUUCUUGUAUC